UCCAUUCACCCCCACCGUCUUCACUAUCCAGCCCCCCAUCCCCUAGUCCCAUCUGUGUCUUAUUCUAGUACCUCCACCUAGUCCACCAUGGUUGAGAACCCACUUGCGCAACACAUUCCCGCUGUAAAGGUCGGAGGUCGCAGACACUCCGCAGCUGCCAGGCCCAAAGCUCUGCCCAAAGAGGACACCGCAGACAAGACACCCACUGUGAACAAAGGAGAGGGCGAGGAAGGCGCGCGAGAGGAAUCCGAUGAGGACGAUGCGCCCAAGAAGAAACGCGAUCACAACGAUAAGAAGGUGAAAGAGUAUGCACACUCAAAGGCCGAGUCCACUCGACCUACUCGUGAUGUUAUGAACAACUUCAAGUCCUUCACUGGCCAACGUAUCAGUCAACCCGCCGGCAAGGGACUCGGUCUCUAGGUCGUGAUGAAGCAUGUGGUAUCGACAAUCGCAACGUAACCAAUCUGUAUUAUUAGUAGCUCGCAGCCUUUGUGGGACUGGACAAUCCAUGAUGACAAUCUUGAUC